CUUGUAGCGAGCUCAGAGUGCGAGCAUGAACGGCGAAGCAAGCAAGAGCCGAGUAUAUAGAAGCACAUUGUGGGCCAGAAGUGCAAUGCCAACACAACAUGAGUGACAGAGUCUGAGGAUGUAGCAACGAACAGCACAACAGAAAAAGCAAAACACCCAACUGCAACACGCCAAUCGCCACAGCUUGAACCAGUGCUCUCUACACGCAUCUGCCGCAGCUCAGGCAAUAGCUGCAAAGCUCAAUACUGCACAUGUCACUCUUGAAGCGGAAGCAAACAAAGCUUCUCACUUGCUACUACUGUAAUCAGCAAACGGGUCGUGCAUCGUCGGCCGCUCGCAUCGAAGCAUGGACGUGCCCACUCUGUGAAGCCCUGAAUGUACUCGACUCCCAGGGCAAUAUCGCCGAUACGAUACCGGAAAAGUAUCAGCGGCACACGACACGGCCUCUUGCUCAUCGGCCAAAGCAAGCGCCUGAUUUACAGUCGCCAUUCUGCGCAACUUGCAGCAGCAAUCAGGCACUAUUGACCAAGACUCUUGCGUCUUACUUGCCGGAUGAGUCAGAUAAAGACUAUGCACUUUAUGAGUCUGCCUUGCCAGCAUACAAGGCAUCGCUUGAAGAACGCUUUCCACCCUUUUGCGCAAGCUGUGCACCUGCCCUACAAGCCCGUCUGGAACGCAACAACUAUGUAGCCAAGUCGAUUGCAUUGGGUGGAUGGCUCAGUGGUAGAAUAGACCAGCAGAGCCAUGUGUCCUGGCUCGGUCAUGCAACUUGGCUCGUGCGUGGGAUUUGCUUCUGGACCGUCCAUGCUGCUGUUUUGAUCUGGUGUCUAUGUGAAGCAGUGUCACGGCCAAUACAGUCUGAUCUCUCGUGGCCCAUGAUCAUGGUGUGCUUAUGUCUGGGAGCGUUUUGGAAUCCACAAGCAAUCGCUCAUCAGCAAUUCCCUCGUCUCAAAGUACACGGCAAAUCAGAAUACCUGCAACUCCAACUCUCCAUGUUUGUUCUUCGUUUUGCGGCUUUUAUCAUUCUGCCGAGACUAGCAGUCGUGAGUCCAUUACGGACACGAUUUGGUAUGCUGGGAGUGGUUCUUUCGCUGCUUCAUGCAUGGUUGUCCACACAGCUCGUAUGGCUGGAACGACCCACAGUGGCUCGACUGACAGACACGUCCACGAAGCUACGAGAUAUGCUGCCUGCUGAACCAGACUUUGACUUGGCAGCACCGAUUCGAGAGAGUCCGUUUCAAGUCCCUGUUGCGCGCCAUCAAUCUAGCAAAGAAUAUAUUGAGGUCGCAGCAGACGACGAUGAGGAGGAGGAUUCGAUGGAUUGGCAACCUUCGCCGCCUGCAUCUCGUGCGAGUCCAUUUGCAUCUACGUUUGCGCCUGCAAGUGAGGCUCAUUCCGUUUUUGGCACUUCAGCAUUCACUCGACGUCUUCCUACGGAAACAUCAGAGAAGUCAAGGGAUACAACGCUGCUUGCACCACAACGGUUGUUUGCACCAGAACAGCCGACCGGUCUGGAGUCCCUAUUCCAUGCAGCUGUGCGACUUGAAGAUGAGCCGUUGCUUGUACGGAGUUUGAGGCAAGUCCGGCGGUCUCCUCUGCCGUUGCUGAUGGUGGUCACGUCAUUGGCUGCCUUAGGUGGGAGUGUGUGCUUGGUUCUACGGUGGUAUAUGCGGUGUCUGCUGCUGUAUGGUGUGAGUGGGCUUGGCCUGGUGCAUCGCGCUCGGUGUCAAAUGGAGCCUGAUGAUGGCGGAAGAAGGGGAAGAACACGGAGGACGACGAUGACAUGGCAUAAAUAGUCAGUACUGACUGCUGACUACAAGUGAUGAGACCAUGACAGGCACAAGUAAUUACCUACUAAAUCCCCCUCGCGUCUCAAAUUCUCCUCGAACGCGAAAUUCAGAAAUUAGAAAUCAGUCAAGAGCAG